GCAGAUGCCGGACCUUGAUACUUUGGACUUGGGAGUGGCUCUCUCCUUCCCCAGAGCUUUAUAAAACUUCAGCCCAGAGGCUCCAGCUCUGCGAACUACAUCCUAUUUCCCUGCUCUGGAAGCCACUUCACCUGUUCUUGGAUCCCUGACUCUCCUGGCCUGUUUCUUCCCGGGCAGGUCAGUCUGUGCGGACAUCAGCUCCUUCUUUGGCGUACUGAUGGCAUCAGAGCCCCUGACUGAACUGGAGGAGGCCAUUGAAACCAUAAAGGAGACAUACCACACUUAUACAGUGGUGGGAGACCGAGGUUACCACCUGAACUUCAAAGUGUUUAAGAAACUGGUCACCCAAGAGCUGCCUCAUUUUCUCAAGGAUGUGGGCUCUCUAGAUGAGAAGAUGAAGAGCUUGGAUGUGAACCAGGACUCGGAGCUGAAAUUCAAUGAGUACUGGAGACUGAUCGGGGAAUUGGCAAAGGCAACCUUGGAGGAGAAGGUCUUGGUGGUCCUGAAGGAGUAAAGCCUGCUUGUUGGGAUGGGGGUCAGCAGGGUCUGCUGGGCUGGGCCAGGCAAAACUUCCCUUCGUCCAAAUAAAGCUUCCUCCUUGAAACACA